AUGGGUCAAAAUGACGAGAAUAAGAAUGACAGUUACCCAAUUGUAGGGAAUGAUUUGAAGCUGUCACAAGAGGGGAACCAGCAGCCUCUGUUUCAUAUUGAACAGGUUCAGCUUCAAUUUAGUCUUGACUACACCUUAAAGCAGUUACUAGUGAGGUCUAAUGUGAUGUACCUAAUUUCUAAACGAAUUAUUUACAAGAUCAAAUUGGACAACCCGACCGAAGUAUACAAAGUAAAUGUUACGGGAACAUCUGAAGAAAUAACGAAAUGCUGGUUACAUCCUAGUGGAUUACAUUUAAUUGUUCAAACCUACGAAAACAAUUAUUAUUAUCUACACGAUUCAUAUCGUGAACUUAAACCCUUACCUAGGCUAAAAGGAUUAUCUGUGAAGUUUAUUGCAUUUUUUGAUAACCAUGAUGGGGCUACUACUGGCGAUUUUUUGCUUGCAACUGAAGAUUCUAUUUAUUUGGCAAUGAUAAAAUCCCACACUUCUGCUGGACAAGAGAACAAGAGGGAUGAUAAGUAUGUGAAACAGGUUUAUAAGAAAUUGCACAACAUAUCGGGCUUAGCUUUCUGCAAUAACAAUUCGCAAAUUGUUUUGUUUUCUGAUAGCUCUGUUCACUUUUGGGACUGCUUUGAUACCUCAUAUUCAGAGUUAACUAGAGUCUUUAAGACCACUCCCAAGUCUUUAGAUUUGUCGUCAUCUGAUGGUCCUUCGGUUUUUGAAUCGAAUGGACAGGAAUAUCUCUUUACAUUUUUGAAAUCAAAGGAAAUUUAUACUAAUGAUCCUGAAAUUUUAUUGUCCAAGACGGAAAAAUUAAACGUCACUGAGCAAAUAUCUGGCAGCAUCGUCAUAAGUGAUCAUCAUAUCAUAGCUCUUAAUGAUAAACGUAACAAACUUUUAGUGAUGAACAAAUUAUCAAAAAAGGAAAUCACCUUGAAUCUCAACGAUUUGUUAGGCACUGAUAUUUCUGUAUUGGCGAUUACGGCUGAUUAUAAGGCAAAAACAUAUUGGGUUUAUUCAAAUUCUGAUAUCUAUGAGCUAGUCAUUGAAAAUGAAUCUGUAUCUGUUUGGUACAAUUACUACGUAAUGGGUAAAUAUGAUGAAGCCCUAAAAUGUCUUGAGAAAAAGGGUACUAGUUUUCAAAAAGAUAUGGUAUUGAUAAAGCAAGGAUACGACUAUCUUCAGCGAGGUGGAUUCGCUUUAGGUCUUAUAGAAGAUACUUUGAGUCGUGAUCUGACGAAUCUUCAGAUCAAAGGAAUUAAAACUUUAGCUCAUCUGUCAGAGCCGUUUGAAAAAGUUUGCUUGAUGCUUCUUAAUUUACAGAGCUCAGAUGCGAAUGCUAAAGGUGGUAUAAUUUCUGAUAAAUUGUUAAUAGAGUAUUUGUUGGUGAAGUUCAAGAUUGCCCGGGAUGUUGAGAAAAAUAGGAUAAGAAUUAUAAUUUUGUCCAGUUGGAUCAUUGAAAGAAUGCUAAGAGUAAUGUACCGAUUACAAAAUGAAGUUGAACACAAACUUAUGGAUGAGCCAAAAUCAUCGGUGGAAUACAAAAAGUCAACCCUCGCAGACUUGAAUAACCAGUUUAUGAGUUUUUUGAAAUCCAACUACAAGAUCCUUGACAAAAAAACGAUAUAUAGCAUCAUAGAAGAAUUGUACUACUAUCCAAAGUUGAUUUACUAUGCAGAGUUGAUUGGCGAUUUCGAGUUUAUAUUAAAUUACUAUAUUAACUUGGAGCAGUGGCCAGAAGCCAUAAAGACUAUGAUUCGCAUAUACACUAACGAUACGACUAGUGAUAUUAUAUAUAAGGUAUCGACUGUGCUACUUAUCAACUCCCCGAAGGCUACAGUUAAUGCUUGGUUGAAGUUCAACUCACUUGACUAUGAGAAGUUACUCCCAGCUAUCUUCACGUAUAAUAAGAAUAGCAGCAGUAUUUCCUUGAGCAAUAAUGAAACGAUCUACUUUUUGCUGAAACUCAUUCACGAAAAAGGAAUUAAUAACAGUUAUGUUAACAAUUGUUACCUCUCUAUGCUAAUCACAUACCCGGCAACGGAUAGUAUUUCAAAAAAAAUUGCCAACAAGCAUAUCAAUAAGUUCUUUAAUUUUGCUAAAUUGGAAUUUCCUAAGAAAGACUUGCUCUAUGACUCAAAUCUUAUAUUGAGGUUGUGUUUACGAUACAAUCAUUUCCAGCCUGCAAUACUUGUACUUAUUAAUGAUAUGGCUCAAUUUGAACAGGCCCUUAAGCUUGCAUUAGAUAAUGACUUAGUACAGCUAGGUGAGUUUGUUUUGAGAAGUUAUAAUAAGUAUUUAAGUGACGAAAGAAAUGGAAAUCAAGAAGACGAUUUUGACAGUAGAUAUAUUGGCAAAAUUAAGCUUGAUGAGGAAAGUUUUGGAAAUAAGAAAAAGCUUUGGCUAAUGUUCGCUAAAUACUUGAUUGAAGGAGCUUAUGCUGGUAAGUCUUUUGAUAUAAUAUUGGGAAAACCUCAAACCGGGAAAGAAGAGCCAGAAAUAAAUGGGAAAGAGGAAUCAAGCAACAAAAAUGGUACAUCUAUCGAAAAAGUAAGUGAAGAAAUUGCUGGUGUCGAUGUAGAAUCAAAGAAAUCUAAUUAUCGACUGAAAGAGCUUAAUAGAGUAUUGACUUUUCUUCUAAAUUCCUCAGAUAUAAAUUAUUUGACAUUAAAGGACUUGCUACCUUUAUUCCCGGAAUCGAUUAAUAUUAAUAACUUUCAACAUGAGAUUGUCAAAUCAUUGAAUGACUAUAAUAGUAAAAUUGGACAACUUUCAAUGGAAAUGAAUGAGUCACUUCAAAUUUCACUGAAAUUGAAACACCAGAUUUAUAUUGGCCAAACCAUAGAGGAGAAAGGGAAAUUGCUAACCAUAAUAGAGCCUGGGGAACCCUGUAAGCUUUGUAACAACUUAUUGGUGUCGAAGAAUUUUAUUUGUUUCAAAAAUUGUCACCAUAAUUUUCAUAAGAGCUGCUUAAUAAAGUUUUAUCUAGGCAUCAACUACAAAUUCAAAAGUAUAUUUGAGACUUUCAAGCGAAGUCCAUCUUCGUUGAAUAGAAAUGAGCUUGAUGACAUAUUACUUAAGGAAUGCGUACUUUGUAAUGAGAGUAAUAUCAAUUUAAUUGAUUAUAAUCUUAUUGACGUUAAGGCUGAUGUAAAUGAAUUGAAACAGUGGGAUCUUUAA